AUGGUAGCGACAGUUUUAUUUUUCUUUCUUCUGGCUUUUUCUAAAAGCCAGAUUCUUUUUGAGAUCCUAUACAGCUCACAAACUGACCAAGAAUUUAUUGACCACCUAAUUCAGGACUUAGCUCUUGAUUUCCAGACAAAAGUUGAUUUUCUCCACAAAAAAAUAAACUCGAAUUCUGAUAUUUUAGAUCUCAAAGAGAAUCCCACAGUUCUGCUUGAUUUAACGUUCAGCAUUUCUUUGGAAAUUUACCUUCAGGAAUUGGCAAAGCAAAACCAAUUUAUUCUACUGUCAAUUAAAGGAAAGGAAAAUAAUUUCCAUGAUUGGCAAUUUUUUACCCAUUUUUCCGAAGAAGAUGACAAAAAGGGACUUAUGACGGUAAUUUCUUAUUUAAAUUGGGAAAAAUUCAUUCUAAUUUCAAAUGGAAAUUCGGGAAUAAUCUCAAAAGGCAUUUCUCAAGGAAAAAUUGUGAAGGAAUUUAAUUUUAUUGAUUCUGAUAGUCAGGAUAUAUCUGAUUUAUUAAUAGAAAAACAAAUAAAGCCUACCGGUAUCAGAAAUAUCAUCAUCCUAAACCACGAAAAUGGUGCUCAAAAACUACUCAAAAGCCUGAAAGAAAAAAAUAUUUUGGGCUUAGAAAGUGGUAUUAUAUUAAAAGGUGAAAAUUUAGGAAAUAUAACAGAAAAUGGAAUUUGAACAUAUAUAGAAAGAGGGCUAGAAAAUUCAGCUGAUAGCUAUAUGUACGAGUUAUUAGCUAUUGAAAAAUUUAUUGACUUUGUGCUGGGAUAUGACGAUAUCUAUGACAUGAACAAUUUACGCCAGGCUUUAGAAAAAGCUACCGUGAGGCAUCACCCAGUUCCUGACUACUCAGUUAUAAAUAUACAAGACUAUCAAAAAAUUGUGAUAGGUGGCAUUUUCAAUGGAAUUAUGAGCGUUCUCAAUGAUUUUAAUAUAAUUCCAAAUUCUCCAUUUACAAAUAUCACUAUCUCAAUGGCAGAUGGAGACACGAACUUCGGAUACCCACCCAGCAAUUAUUCAUCAAGUGCCAAAAUAGGGGCCAAAUAUGCAUUAUUUCACAUAAAAUCCAUCAAUUUUUUAGAUGGUUUUGAAAUUUUGGUCACUCAUGUUGACUGUGGCGCUGAAUAUUUUACGAUUCCUGACUCAUAUGACUGUUUAAGCAAUUUAACAGAAAAUUUUGGGGUAGGUUUUUUAACUUCAAUUUAUACUAGGACAGUUAUAAGUAAUAUUUUGGCGUUGAGAAGCUUAAAUAUCUCUAUUCCUCAAAUAUCGGAGUAUGCUCCAGGGACUUCUUUGUCAGAUAUAGAAGCUUAUCCUGAGUUUAUGAGGGUGGUAAAAAAUAGGAAUUAUAAUGUGAAAGUUAUUGUAAAUCUCAUUAUAGCUCUGCAAUGGAAAAAUAUUAUUCUUUUGUAUGAGAAAAUGUAUGACUCAUUGGCAGCUUAUCAAUAUUUCUUAUCGUUGAUAAGUUUUAGUAAUAUAAAUAUUGUGAAUAAAGAAGAGGAAAGAGUAUUCAGUCAGGACGAUAAUGAAUUGAUAAAAAAUAUUAUAAGCUAUAAAGAAAGAGUCUACGUAUUACUUCUUCGGCCACAGUCAGAACUGCAGGCUAUGACAGAAAUUUAUGGUGCAGGUCUUAGAAGUUCAGAAGCGAUUUUUCUGAUGUAUAGCAACAUUAUGUACGAAAUCUCAGGAAUUAGUGAAAAAACAAAAAUUCCAAUGGUAAAUAGCAUUUUAAAUAUAAAUCAAGAAGAAUGAGUAGGCAACCUUGGAAAAAUACUUAAACAGUCUAUUAUAAAGUAUACUGACAGCAAUUUGGAGUUUCGAUGUUUUUCAUUUGAUGCCGCAAUGCUUUUAUUUCAUGGAAUUAAAUAUAUAACUCAAUAGAUUGAUUUUGUAAAAAUAAAAAUACUUUUUUAUAUAGAAUAGCGUAAAAUUUAAACCCAGCCAGAAGCAUAAUACUAUUAAUCAUGGCCAAAAUUUCGAAAAUUCUACUAUUUUGAAUAAAAAUUUAAGACAACAAAAAUUCAUAGGCUGCUCUGGGACUGUGUCUAUAGGAUCAGGAAAUAAUGAUAGGCCAGAAGCCAUGAUAGGAAUUUAUAAAAUAAAGUGAAAUGACACAUCUGAGCGCUUUUAUGAGUACCAAAUAGGACAAUACAAUUUUGCAUCAGCAAAGCUAAUAGCGUUCUAUGAAAAUGUGCCUGAUUUAAUGCAGAAAAUAGGUGAUUGCCCUUUUGAUGAGGAUUUAGUUAAAUAUUCCUAUAAAGGUGCUGGAAUUUUGUAUGGAGUUUCACUUGGACUUAUUGUGACGACAUUUAUAAUUGGACUUUAUAUAUGAAAAACAUAUGGAAACUCUGAGGUUAAAAUUUUAGAUGAAAAAUUUCUUAUGAAAUUUGAGGAUUAUUUUGUUGUGCCGAUAAUGAUUAUUGAAAGCCUACAAUUUAUUGCUAUGGGACCUGAUAGGGAUGAUCUUGAUGCUCCUCUGAGAUUUCUUGCUUAUUUUUCUACUGUAGAUUUUGAUGAAUCUGGAAAAAAAGGAAAUUUUUGAAUUUAUGUUUAUUCUGCAUUAAUAGCGGUUUGCUCAUGAGUCUACUGCUGUUUUUGCGUUAUUUGUAAAAACUGUGGAAAAAAGUGGCUAUUUUUGCCAGAUUCAGUGAUUUUUGAACUUUUGCUGCCUAUUUUUAGCAGCAUCUGUUUCUUACCAAUUAUAUCGAUAUUAUUAAGCGUUAUUCAAUGUAUUGAUGGCAUUGGAGAUGAUUUAAGUAAUAGCUUUAUUAAGCAAGAUUGCACCACUUUUUGCUGAGAAAAGUCUCAUUCAGCUUGGGCAGUGCUUUCAAUUCUCGCAUUAUUUAUAUAUGCAAUUCUAAAUAUAUUCCUAUCUAAAGUAUAAGCUAAAAUAAUAUUUUUCCAAAAUUAUUUUUAAUCUUAAAUUACCAAAAUUAGCAUAUUUGCCACUCGACAUUUUCUUCAGACCAUAUUUAUAUGAUUUAAAUAAAAAAGAGCUCAACAUUAAGACACCACCAUUUCACACUAUGUCAAAAUCAUCUUUUCAAAUGAUCGCAAUAGUCUUAAAUAAAACCCUAAAGCCUUACAAUCAGCCCUUAAAUGGGUUUAUCUUAGGCAUCGCUUUAUCAUUAUUUAUUUUAUGAUGCUUAAAGCAGAAACCAUACAAUUAUCAUCGGUGCAAUCUUUGGCUGGCUAUUUUUUAUUCAUUUGCUUCAUGAAGUAUAUUAUUAUCGUCAAUAUAUCAAAUAUCCUCACACAAGUUUGUAAUAUUUUGGCUUAUUUUUCAAUAUAUUGGAAUUAUAUCACUGCUUAGCCUUGGAUUUUUUAUUCAAAAACAAUAUUACCCAAGUUUGCUUUAUUCAGAAAAAGGUAUUGAUCUUGGUGCGAUUUUUAGGUUUGCCUUAGGAAAUAAGGUGGCUGCUGAAGAAAUAAAUAGAGAAAAGGGGGGAAAAUAUAUAAUUUAUUCUGAAUCUAGUAACCAAGAGUUGCUUAAAAAAGCCUCAUUUGAUCUUACAACUAUGAAAUUUGAUGUCGUUGAAAAAGAAGUGGUUUCAAUAGAGCAUUAUGGAUUGGAUAUAAAGGAAGAAGAAUAUAGGCACACUAUUAAUUAG